UUGGAUGUUAUAAUAAGACCAUGGAUAUGACCAGAUACAAAAACUAAAGGAAGAAAACAAAACACCUUAAAAACAUUGAAAAACGCACUCACAUUGUCAGAAACCUACAUCGAGAAACACACUUCCACACAAACACGCUCAUGAAAAACAUCAUAGAGAAGAGUAAUUAAGAAGAUGGUUGAUGAUCAUGAUCAUGAUCAUAAUAAUGAUCGUGUAGUGUGGGAUUGUGGAAGCCCACUCUAUGACUCAUACGAGCUCGUAUCUCUCACUCACAUCAUCGAACGCCACUUCAUGUAUCUCCCCUCUCUCUCCGGCGCCAGAAAAGUUUGUUCUUCUCGUACACCGUCAGAUUUGAGCGAUAAGGCUCAUCGCGCAGCCAGCACGGUCGUGGAUCUAUGCUGUUCCUCUGAUUCAACGACGGGUAAAUUAUUGGGUGGUGUUUUUGGGAUGAAAUGGUGGAAGAACAAGAAAAACGCAGAUGUCGUGGAGGAGGAACACAUUAAGAAGAAGACCAAGAAGGUGUUUCAUCGAGUUCUAUCUAGGUUAAGGAUCCCUACAACAAGAUCCGGUUCUCUGAAGAUGUGAUGUUUCUCUCCUUCGUAAGAAAAAGAUUAAUUAUUGUUUGUAUAAUUUGAAAUUUUAUCGAAUAAACUGUAAUGAGAAUGUGAUUUGAACUUUGUUGCUCCAUUGAUAAAAUGCAGAUUUAUUGCAUUUUUAAAAUUGACAUUAUCAUCGUCAUAUGUACUGAACGUUAGAGCAUGUAGGAGUAGGACAUGUAAAGUGUGAACUUCUGGAUUAACAUGCAAUCCACGUUUACUUCAUAAAAUAUGAGAUGUAACGCUUAGAAGCAGUUACGA